UCCAGUCCAGUCCAGCCCAGUGGGGCUCUCCCUGGACACAUGUACUUCUAAACAUUGUGCACAGGGCUGGAGCUUGUCAUCAUCUUUCUAAAGAGGAUGUUGCAGUGCAGUCAGGAAGCAGCACACAGGCAGUUCCUCCUUCAGUGAUCAGAGAAAUCCUGCCUGGGAAGCUGUCCCAUCAACAUGUCUGCAGGGGAGGACAGGAGCAGCAUGAACCUAAGUGAAGCCGAGGAGGAAGAUGAUGUGCUCUCUGAAGAGUUAUCUUUCAGAAUCCCUGAUAUCAUGUCCAUGGGCUCUCAGACAUCUCCAGGAGGACCUAAUGGGAUUCUCAGAAGUCAGUCAUUUGCCGGCUUUAGUGGCAUCCCAGAAAGAAGAUCUCGGUGCAACUCUUUCCUUGGGAACGCUUCAGCCCCCAAAAAACCUCAAGCUAAACAAAAGAAGAUGCACAACAUGGGCCAUAAAAAUGGCAGUAAUUCUAAAGAACCACAACCAGAGCGAGUAGAAGAAAUAUAUGGAGCCUUAAAAAAUGGCCUUGACGAGUACCUGGAAGUUCAUCAAACUGAACUAGACAAGCUGACUGCCCAGCUCAAAGACAUGAGAAGAAAUUCAAGGCUGGGAGUCCUGUAUGAUCUAGACAAGCAAAUCAAGACCAUUGAGAGGUACAUAAGAAGAUUGGAGUUUCAUAUCAGCAAGGUCGAUGAGUUAUAUGAGGCUUACUGCAUCCAGAGACGCCUAAGAGAGGGUGCAAGUAAAAUGAAGCAGGCAUUUGCUGCAUCCCCCUCAAGCAGAGCGGCACGAGAGAGCUUAAGUGAAAUAAACAAGAGCUAUAAAGAGUACACUGAGCAUAUGUGCACUGUUGAGUCUGAAAUGGAAAGCCUAUUGGGAGAAUUUUACAUCAAAAUGAAAGGUCUAGCUGGCUUUGCCCGUUUAUGUCCCGGAGACCAGUAUGAGAUAUUCAUGAGAUACGGUCGUCAGCGGUGGAAACUAAAAGGCAAAAUUGAGGUUAAUGACAAACAGAGCUGGGAUGGAGAAGAAAUGUUUUUUCUUCCACUGAUUAACAGUUUAAUAUCAAUAAAGGUGACGGAACUAAAAGGAAUAGCCACUCACAUCCUGGUGGGAAGCGUUACCUGUGAAACAAAGGAUUUAUUUGCAGCACAUCCCCAAGCUGUUGCUGUUGACAUAAAUGACCUUGGCACAGUAAAACUUAACUUAGAAGUGUCAUGGUGCCCAUUUGAUACAGAAGACCUGACACCUUCCACAGGCAAUGUAAACAAAGCAUCUGCCGUCCAAAGGAGAGUCUCCAUAUACAGCCAGGGCACACCAGAGACGCCCACAUUUAAAGACCAUUCCUUCUUUUCGAAUUUGCAGGAUGACGUCUUUGAUAGCGGAGUAGAAUCUAUUGAAAAGAGGGCACUCUCUUUAAGUUUUGACGACCUGCCUAACGGUGAUAGUACUCCAGCUCGAUCUACUCCCUCUUCCUCUUUGGGUUACUCAAAUCCAGAAAUUACGGUAACCCCACCAGAACAUAACCUCCGUGAGCCAUCAAUGGCACCUGUGAAAGACAAUUUGAGUGCCAGGUCUUCUGCUGACUUGUGUAGUCAAUCUCAAGACUCUCAGUCAAAUACAGACAAUGUAACUAACAGUGAAGGAGAUGAUUUAGAUGUCUCCGCUUGCCAAAGACAACCUACCCAAAUAGACAAUAGCAUAUUUAUUGAUUCAAAUGUCUCGGUGUCAAUUUUGCAAGAUUCUGAAGAGUCUUCUGAGCUUAAGCCUGUGGAGUUGGACAAUUCUGAAGGGAAUAUUACCAAACAGCUGGUAAAAAGGCUUACAUCAACUGAUAUACCUGCCGUCCCAGAGAGAAUCCAGGCUGAAUGCUCCACGUGUUGUGAAUCUGAAGCCAAUAGAUCCUUUUUGGAUGGAAGCUUGGAGGAAUCUUUGCAGGGACUGCUCCUUACUCUCGAACCUUGUAAGGACCAGUGUGACGAGUACCAAGAGUUGUACCAGGAAAUUACACACCUAGAGGAUGUUCUAAAAGUAAGUGAAUGCAACGCAUCACUCUGUCUUUAAUUUUUCUGUGAAUGUAAAUACAUAUGUAAGCAUGAGGGUGGAAGUUGUGUGAAAGUAUUGCCAGUGCAAAUUGUAGUGACUGCAACCAAACUCUGUUAUAUAC